AUGGCUUUUCUACAUUCUAAAAUACAUCCAAGCACAGAUGCCUAUUAUGAAACAUUUUCACUUUGUUGGCUAGAUGGAGAUGUAGAUAUCACAGAUGAUAAUAAAAAAACACAAAUAAUGCUUCACUCCAUUGUAAAACAUUUUAAACCAUUUAAUGAUGCUUACGAAUUUAAAAAAUAUAUUGAGCCACUUAAUCAAAACCAUCGACUUAUUCUUAUUGUUAGUGGUAGACUAGGUCGAGAAAUAGUUCCCAAAAUUCAUCAACUUCCACAACUUUCAUCCAUUUACGUAUAUUGUAUGGAAAAACAAUUGAAUGAAGAAUGGGCUAAGCAAUUUAGAAAAAUCAAAGAUAUAAUUAUUCAUCAAGAUCAUUUAAUUACUCGAAUCAAAUCAGAUAAAAGAUGUCGAGUGAAAAAUGAAGAACGAAUUUCAUUCAAUAUGUAUAUAACUACGGAUAAUCUAAGUCAAUCUACAAUUGCACUCAAUGAAAAUUUUGUUGAUUCACAUCUUCUAAUCAAUUAUCUUCUUCGAUUAGAACUCGAUCCGAAAGAUCCACGACAACUUAUCGAUCUCUGUAAGACAGAAUACAAGAGCAACAAAUCUCAGUUAACCAUGAUUCGUGAAUUUAAAAAUGAAUAUGCCCCAGAUAAAGCUCUAUUUUGGUAUAUUCGUGAAUCAUUUUUAUAUAGAAUGUUAAACAAAGCUUUACGUGAACAAAAUAUUAAUCAAUUACUUUUAUUUCGUUUCGUCAUUCGUGACAUACAUAAACAACUAAAAGAAAAUCAAUAUAUAUCACCAAUUCGUGUCUAUCGUGGUCAAUUUAUGACAUUCAGUGAAAUAGAAUAUCUUCAGACAUCGAAAAAUGAAUAUGUUUCAAUCAAUACAUUUCUUCAAGCAAGUAUAAAUCAGGAUAAAGCAUUGGAGUUGUUGAAAAGUUCACAAAUUUCUAAUUAUGAACAUCAAGCCUUAUUUAUCAUUGAUGCCGAUCCGAGUAUUUCAAGAAAAGAUCCAUUUGUUGACAUUAGUAGAUUCAAUAGUUUCAUCGAAGAAACAGAAAUAUUAUUUAUGGCUGGUUGUAUAUUUCGUUUAAUUAAAGUUGAAAAAGAGGGAAAUAUAUGGAAAAUUCAUAUGGAACUUUGUGGUGAUAAUGAGCCUGGUUUAAAACGUAUUUUCGCGUAUAGAAGAAAAAUACAAGGAAAUGAAAAUGAAGAUAAUGAAAUUACUCUUCAAACUUUUGGUAAUGUAUUGCAGCGAAUGGGUAAAUUCGAUCUGGCUGAAACGAUUUACCAUCGUUUGCUUGAUGAAGUUCCAUCAAAUGAUUCGUCACUUGCUGAUCUAUACUGUUCACUUGGUAAUGCGAACAGAGAAAAAAAGAAUUAUGAUUCUAGUUUGGAAUGGUAUCAAAAAUCAUUAGAACUACGUCUACGAACACAGCCAUCAGAUUUUAUUAGUCUUGGAAAUUUAUAUGGUUCUAUAGGUGAAGCUUAUUCAUAUAAUGAAAAUAAUCAAAAAUCAUUGGAAUCUUAUCAGAAAGCUAUUGAACAAUAUCAAAAAGCAAAUGCUGAAGAUCAUCCACAUAUGGCUAAUUUAUAUAAUAACAUCGCUUCUAUUUAUAAAAGAGAAAAUAAAUAUCCUCAAUCAUUAAAAUAUUAUGAAAAAGCAUUAAUAAUAGAUGAUCUAAAUUCAUCAUCUAAUCAUCUUAAUGCAGCUAAAUCUCAUAAUAACAUUGGUAUUAUUCAUUGUUACUUUGGUCAACUUGAUCUUGCAAUGAAACAUUAUCAACUAUCACUUUCAAUUAAACGUGAAAUACUUCCUCCAAAACACAUUUCAAUAGCUCAUGUUUAUAAAAAUAUUGGUCUUGUAUAUGAAAUACAAUGUGAUUUUGAACAAUCAUUAACAUAUUAUAGAAAAGCAGCCAGUAUUUAUCAUGAAAUAUUACCAUCGAAACAUCCAGAUGUGAUACAAAUUGAUAAUACCAUUCAAAAUGUUCUAGCAAAACUUACGUAA